CUAUUACUUGACCAGCGCCUAUGGAGCACUUUCACUGAUCAAGAACUUCCAGGAGGAACAAGCUGCCCAACUCCUCAGUUCAGAAGCCAGAGACACUCUGCGGCAAUGGCACAAGAGGAGGACAACUAACAGGACAGUGCCUUCAGUUGAUGAUUUCCAGAACUACCUUCGUGUUGCAUUCCAGGAAGUGACCAGUGGGUGUACGGGAAAGACCUUACUAGUAAGACCAUAUAUCACCACCGAAGAUGUGUGUCAGCUUUGCGCUGAAAAGUUUAAAGUGGACAAUCCAGAAGAAUAUAGCCUGUUUCUUUUUGUUGAUGACACCUGGCAACAACUGACAGAGGAUACCUACCCUCAGAAAAUCAAGGCGGAGUUGCACAGCCGUCCACAGCCCCAGGAGAGCUCUUAUGUAACUUGUGUUAUGUGUAAGAAGAUUGUAGCAUCGGCACUGCCGAUUCCAGUGCCUUUACCUGAACUUGGUGUAUUGGUAUCUGUAUUAUUGUUUAUAUGCAUCGUUUUAGACAGAACUAGGGGGCUGGAAGAGAAAAUUGAAAGAAAACGUUGUAGAGGAGGGGAAGAGAAAGAAUGUAGAGAACCUAAUUUAGCAUUAAAAUCUGUUAGUCUGCUGGUUCAGGCUCCUUGCAGAAAACGGUGAAGGAGGUUGGUCAGGAACUUCAGCGGAAGCAGCAGUGUAGGUCUGCAGAGGGAUGUGACAGCACCUCUCCCAGGUACUAUUUGUGUUAGCAGAGCAUUAAAUAUGUCAGCAGUGUGAAGGAGAACACUAUUUUGUACAGUUGGUUGCCAGCAUCCAAGCGUAUGUUGGCCUGGAGAACACGUGUCAGCGUUCCUGUCACCUGGAGAACACGUGUCAGCGUUCCUGUCACCUGGAGAACACAUGUCAGCGUUCCUGUCACCUGGAGAACUCGUGUCAGCGUUCCUGUCACCUGGAGAACACGUGUCAGCGUUCCUGUCACCUGGAGAACACGUGUCAGCGUUCCUGUCACCUGGAGAACUCGUGUCAGCGUUCCUGUCACCUGGAGAACACGUGUCAGCGUUCCUGUCACCUGGAGAACACGUGUCAGCGUUCCUGUCACCUGGAGAACACAUGUCAGCGUUCCUGUCACCUGGAGAACUCGUGUCAGCGUUCCUGUCACCUGGAGAACACGUGUCAGCGUUCCUGUCACCUGGAGAACUCGUGUCAGCGUUCCUGUCACCUGGAGAACACGUGUCAGGGUUCCUGUCACCUGGAGAACACGUGUCAGCGUUCCUGUCACCUGGAGAACACGUGUCAGCGUUGCUGUCACCUGGAGAACACGUGUCAGCGUUCCUGUCACCUGGAGAACUCGUGUCAGCGUUCCUGUCACCUGGAGAACACGUGUCAGCGUUCCUGUCACCUGGAGAACUCGUGUCAGCGUUCCUGUCACCUGGAGAACUCGUGUCAGCGUUCCUGUCACCUGGAGAACACGUGUCAGCGUCCCUGACGCCGCGUCACGCGCUGAGCGAGGCCCGAGGGUCAGUCCUGCGUGUGUAGGCAGCAGGUUGGUGUUUCAAGCAUGUGUUCCUGUGGGUUUUUCCCAGACAGCCUGUGUCAUGGGUGAUGCUCUGCACCCCCCUAAGUCAGUCAGGGCUGCUGUCUUAGGGGGACACGGGGUGCUCCCCAAAUCUGCUGUAGCGGUGGAACAUAAGGCAGAGACCACCCAGGUGCCACGGGCAGCACGUGUGUUGUACAUACAGAGAUUGGUCCGUUUGCCUUGUAUGUGAGACCCCUGGCACGUGCCUGUAUUUCAUUUUGUACAUGUUGAGUGUUGCACAUAAUAAUACAUUGCAAUGCUGAACUAUAAUUUGGGAUGUUGUGUGCUGUGGUUUUUGGGGGGAGCUUUUUUUUUUUAAAUGGUUCAUGCUGUAAAGUUUUGUGUAUAAGUGACUCUAAUGCUGCUGCUUUUUGUGCUGCUUGACCCAGUGUAAACUCUUUGCAGAGGAAGGACCUUGCUUGGCCUGAACAGUCAGUGGAAGCAACAGGCAGGGCUUGGCUGCUGAACCAUUUUUUGUGACAGUGAAGGCUGAUGUUCAGUGCUCAAGAAAGUUCCACUGUUUUCAUAAGACUGUGACACUGACACUGAGGAGAGGGAAGGACUGGGGCAGAGUAUUAAGAAACUCAGAAUUUCAGGCAUGAAGCAAAAGAAAGCUCAGAGUGCAAAAAGGGAAAUGUGUGCCUAAACUGCCUCGAGACAAUUUUGCUGUCCGUUCCCGUGCAGUUCUGUCUUCUGAAAAUUAGAACAUUUUAUUCAUUGUGGUUUCCAAAAACACUUCUCAUAACGCCAGGAAACAGAUGAUACAAAAACCUGCAGAAAUUUGGACUGGUAAAAAUAAGCUGUUCAGUCUUCUCCAGUGUGAGGUGUUUGAUGUUAGGAAUGACUGAAAAGCAAGGAAAGGGUUAUAGUUGAGUUUGUCUCUCAUCACGUUCAUUCAGAGCACACUGAGACAAUGGGGGGGGAAGAGCAUGGAUAAAGGUGAAAUUUCCCUGAGAAAAGUUUGAGAUCAGAGCAUUAACUGAGAGCACAGGCUGGGAUCAGGGCUGAGCAGCACCACACCCUGUGCACACAACCCAUUUAGCUUUGUCAGGGGGUUUAUGGCCCUGCCAAGAAACAGAUGCUGAAUUAAGGAGUGCCAGGCCGUGGUUGUGUCUGAGCUGGUGGGUCAUUUACAUGUUCAUCAGCCACACUCUGUAAUAAAUACUGCUUUUUGUU